UAGUAAGCAGCGUCGAUUCUCGAUGUUGUAAAUAAUGGUUGAUUGAAUUAUGGCUGGACCAAAGUUCUAUAUUUACGGUGGAUGCCGUUGGCGAGAAGUGUGUACGACUUCCGGGCGAGUGGACGGCUGGGGCAAUGUGCAGUUCUUGACUGUUCGAAGCGGUCGUCUCCAAGUGGCGCGAAAAAAUACUGUGUUGCGUGGCUUGAGAGCCCUGGCAGCAAGUAAACCCACUUCUGUGCACGAUGGCCUACCACUUUCACAAAUUAGACACAACAAUUCUAUAGAGGAUAAGAAGGAACACAACUGUUCCCAGUACCAGCAUCAUCACUGUUGUUGUAAGCAACAGGACCUGAGUUUAAAGUCUGAUGUCAUCUUCAAUAACAUAUUCAAAGCUGCAUCUACCUGCUCUGCGGCGGUGCAGUGCAGCCUCGAAGUAAGCACAUCAACUCCAAAUUUAAAUAAAUCUAUCACUGGACCGAGCAAAACUUCCGAAGCAAGAACCAAAAAUGGAGUGAAAAGAUUACUAUCCAAGCGUAAAAGAUCUACAAGUGAAGAUGAAGACCAAGAAAGAAACAAAAACGGUAAAACAAUUGAACGUAGAAACAAAAGUGACAAGGAAUUGGAAUUAUCAUUACUGGAAAGGUCACGUAAUCUGAACAAUAACAAAUAUGACAAAAGACAAACACAUAGACAACAGAUCUCUUCUAGUGAAGAAGAGGGACUUAAAGCAGUGAUACGAAAGAAUCUACCACAACGUGAAAAUCAGCAAAGUCCUGUGAAAUCCAGGUAUGUUUCAAAAGCACCAAAUGGCACAAGGGAGUCACUUAGGUCGAAUACUAUUAACAAAAAGCGGAAAAAAAUCCUAAAUAAUAUACACUCCUCAAGUGACGAGAGCAGUGAAAUACAAUCAAAACCGGCUAUCCAGUCAUCACAGCAUAUCAAUGAAUUUUGGAAUACAUUGUUCAAAACUAAACCUAAGAGAAGAUCAAAACGCAAGCUAUUGACGAGUGACGAUGACACUUACGAAGAAGAAAGAAAAGCCAGAAAGACUUCAAAGAAAAUCGUUGAAAGUAAUCAAGAAUCGAGAAGAAAGCACACACAGGAGAUAGAGAAUGGUGACCUAAUGUGCAAGGAAUUAAUGAUCGGGGAGGAUGACAUCGAGCUCCUGCGCAGCUUCAUAGAGAAAGACGAGGCUAACAUAUUCGGAGUCGACUUGGAGUUAUUCGAUACAGACGAUGAAUAUAAAAGGAAAAUAUUCUACAAAAUCAAUCCACUGGUCAACGUCGCGAGGUGUAAGCGCAUAGCGGCCAUGUUGAGAGACGGGCGCAGUCAGUCCGACGAUGUCUCCUUGGAGGACUUCAUAUCGACGCUCGGGCUCCGCAGCGUGCUCGACAUCCCCUCACAAACCAGCAGCAAAUACAAGAUGCGAGCGCGACGGAACCCAAGUAACGGUGGACCGGAUAAGGAGAAUCAUAGAACGUCUAAACAUAAUCCGAACACUUCCGCUAGCAGCUCAAAGAGCAAAGUCUUAGUCGAAAGGCUACGAGACGGUGCCAAUAAGAAGAAUAAAAUAAUUAGUAAGAAAAAAGGUAAGGUGGUGGGCCUGAUCGGGAAGAUGACUUCGAAGCCGACGAGGUCGCGCAAGGAACAGGACGAGGUGGUCUUGUUGAGCAGUGAUAGUGAGAGUGACAGUGUCUUCGAGAGUAAACGGGAGAGUGCUUUCGAGAAGAGUAAGCGCGUGACGUCAGAAGUGCGGCGACCGGACGCUGCGGCUGCGUUGGAGCGAGAUAACAAGAAAGAAGGGAAGGCAAGUGGAACAGGGAGUAGAAAGGCGAAUGGACCAGCUACUGGAAGAGGGAGUGGUCGGGUGAGCGGCAAGGCUGGUGGUCGGGAGUACUCGCGGGCGGAAGACGAAGCGAUAGUGGCCUGGGUGCGGGGAGCGGAGCGUGCAAGGCGCGUCAACGGCAACCAGCUCUGGAUAGAACUGCAGCCCCUGCAUCAGCAAAAGACAGGAAACUUCCGCUCGUGGCACUCGCUGCGCAACCGCUACCUGCGCUACGUGCUGCCGGCGCUGGGCGCGCUGGCGCUGCCGCCGCCUGAGGCCGCGCGCCUGCGCGCCGCCGCCGCCGCCGGCGAGUUGAAGUCGCGCAAGAAGCCGCAGCGCCGCAACUCGCUGCUGACGGAGCCGCGCGUGCGCAGCGCGUGGUCGCGCCGGCCCCGCCCCCCGCCCCGUGAGUCCCCCUCCCGCUCCCGCUCCGUGUCCCCCGCCCGCUCGCCGACACCCGCUCCCUCUUCGUCGCCCUCUCUCCCCGUUCGCGCCGAUUCCUCCCACUAUUCCUCGCGUAGCAGCAGCGGCUCCUUCGCGACGACGGGAAGGAGUACUCCGAUAGACAGGCGACGCUCGCUGAGAAAUUCAUCCGCCAAGAAAGAAGAGCGAAGAGAAGAGAAGCCGACCGCAAGGAAGCUACGCUCCAGCGCGCCCACGUCGCCGCCGCCCCGCACGCCCACGUACUCGCAGCUCACGCAGCGCUUCGCCGACGCGCGCCCCCCCAGCACCGUGCGUCCCCCGCGUCCCCCGCGCCCCUCACGCCCAUCGCGGCCCCCGCCGCCCUCUCCGCCCGCGCGGCCCGCCUCCCCCGCGCGCCCGCGCACGCGCCGCCUCUACAACCCCCACGCCACAUGACAUCCGACCGUCCUGAAAAUACAAUAUUACGUGCAAGACUCUCUGAGGUGAAAUUAC